GAGCCUCCGCGGCCGCCUAGCGACCUCCCCGAGAUGGCAGCGUUCGGAGCCGGCCGGCAGGUGCUGCGAGCUGUGGCAGGGCAAGGAUGGAGAUCCCUGACCAGCAGAGCUGCUCCAGAUGUGCACAGCAGCACAGCUGGGGCUGGCUUCAGCUUCGAGCUGACUGAGGAGCAGAAGGAGUUCCAGGCCACGGCUCGGAAGUUUGCCCUGGAGGAGAUCAUUCCUGUGGCUGCUGAGUACGACAGGACUGGAGAGUACCCUGUGCCCCUCAUCAAACGAGCCUGGGAGCUUGGCCUGAUGAACUCUCACAUCCCAGAGAGCUGUGGGGGGCUGGGCCUGGGCACCUUUGAUGCUUGCCUGAUCACCGAGGAGCUGGCUUAUGGCUGCACUGGGGUCCAGACUGCCAUCGAGGCCAACUCCCUGGGGCAAAUGCCAGUGAUCAUUGCAGGCAACCAGCAGCAGCAGAAGAAGUACCUGGGCAGGAUGACAGAGGAGCCUCUGAUGUGUGCCUACUGUGUAACAGAGCCUGGGGCGGGCUCUGACGUGGCUGGCAUCCAGACCAGGGCCGAGAAGAAGGGAGAUGAAUACAUCAUCAAUGGGCAGAAGAUGUGGAUCACCAACGGGGGCAAAGCCAACUGGUACUUCCUGCUGGCUCGCACCCACCCGGACCCCAAGGCUCCUGCAGGCAAAGCCUUCACUGGCUUCAUUGUGGAGGCCAACAGCCCUGGCAUCCAGGUUGGCAGGAAGGAGCUGAACAUGGGCCAGCGCUGCUCGGACACCAGGGGCAUUGUCUUUGAGGAUGUGAGAGUGCCCCAGGAGAACGUCCUGAGAGCAGAGGGAGCAGGCUUCAAAAUCGCCAUGGGAGCCUUCGACAAGACCAGGCCGCCGGUGGCAGCCGGGGCCGUGGGCUUGGCUCGGAGGGCGCUGGACGAAGCCACCAAAUAUGCUCUGGAGAGGAAAACCUUCGGGAAGCUGCUGGUGGAGCACCAGGCAGUGUCCUUCCUGCUGGCUGAGAUGGCCAUGAAGGUGGAGCUGGCUCGCUUGGGCUACCAGAGAGCUGCCUGGGAGGUGGACGCCGGCCGCAGGAACACCUUCCAGGCCUCCAUCGCCAAGGCCUUCGCCGGCGACGUGGCCAACCAGGUGGCUGCAGAUGCAGUGCAGAUCUUUGGGGGCAACGGCUUCAACACUGAGUACCCUGUGGAGAAGCUGAUGAGAGAUGCCAAAAUCUACCAGAUCUAUGAGGGCACUGCCCAGAUCCAGAGGCUGAUCAUAGCUCGGGAGCACCUGGGCAAGUUCAAGGGCUGAGGAGAGGCCUGGGGCAGGGCUGGGGCUGCUGCAGGCUGCCUGUGCCCAGGGCAGGGCUCUGAGGGCCUUGCUCAGGGCCAGCAGAGGCCUGGAGAAAGCCUUUUGUGUCCCAGCCCCAGCCCUGUGCACAGGAUG